GUUUUUUAAAAAAUGGCUUCCUCCUCCACCAAAGCUUUCCUGGCAAUUUCCUUCCUCUUUCCUCUGGAUCUCUUGACCAGCUGAGACCAUUGAGAACCGUCCUUCUCCCCCCCAGCUUCAGUAGUUCUACCUUUGCUAAGAAAGAAAAUCCAAACUUCCCCUAGACAGCAACACACUGACAGAAAAAUCGAUGUCGUCUUCUUCUUCUUCUUCUUCAUCAUCUCAUCACGCCGAUUCCACUUCCUCCUACUCUGGGAAAUGGGAAUACGACGUCUUCUUGUGUUUCAGAGGCGCCGACACCCGCCAUGGUUUUACCAGCCAUCUCAUGGCUGCUCUCUCCGACAGGCAAAUCAAAGUCUUCAUUGACGACAUGCUCAGCAAAACCGAGAGCAUCCACGAGCUAAUCUCCGUCCUAUCAAAAUCCGCACUCUCAAUUGUGAUCUUCUCGAAGAAUUUCGCGGAUUCAAGCUGGUGCUUGGAUGAAGUGGCCACUAUCUCUCAAAGAAUGGUCAAAUUCGGGCACCGGGUGCUUCCAGUUUUCUACAAACUGGAACCAUCCGCUGUAUCAGAUGAUUCUGGAAGUUACGCUGCUGCCAUUGAGCAGAAACAUGGAAGCAAAUCUCCAGGGGAUAAGAAGAGAUGGAUGGAUGCUCUGAAAGCUGUCGCUGAACGUGCUGGCCAUACUUCACAGGCAAUCAAGAUUGAUUCUGAACUAGUUGAGGCGAUAGUUAUUGAUGUUCUGAAAAGACUCGCAGAGAUUUCACGGAGAGUGAAGUUUGAUCAUUUGAUUGGCAUGGAUGCUCGGGUUUGUGAGGUUGAACAGCUAUUAGCUAUGGAUGUAGAUGAUUUUCGCAUUAUUGGUCUUUGGGGGAUGGGUGGUGUGGGGAAGACAACUCUGGCUACAGCUUGCUACCAAUCAUUUGUCUCCUCUGGUAAAGAAAUCAAGCAUCACUUUGUUCAGAACAUUAGUGAAAAGCUUGAAAAGCAAUCGGGAAUUGAAGGGAUGGUGUAUGAACUCUAUUCGAUAUUACUGUCAGAGGCUAACUUAAACUACAUGGAUAUUUGUCAUAGAAGGGAACGUCUUUCUCGUCUGAGGGUGUUUCUUGUUCUUGAUAGUGUGGAAACGAUAUCGCAAUUGGAACAAUUGUUGCUAGGUAAUAUUUUGGAUUCCACAAAUCUGUUUGGCCCAGGAAGCAGAAUUAUUUUGACAACUAGAGACAGAAGAGUACUUGUGAAUGCAGGGGCUCAAAUAUAUGAGGUGAAGUGUUUGCAUUCUCAUGAAUCUCUCCAACUGUUUGGGAUACAUGCGUUUAGACAAUGCCUUCCACCGAAUGAUUUUGUGGACCUAUCUAAUGUUGCCGUAUCAUACUGCAAGGGAAGUCCUCUAGCUAUAAAGGUCUUGGGACGUGCAUUGCUUGAUAGGGAGAAAAGUUAUUGGGAGAGUUUCUUGUCUGAAUUGGGAGAAAAUCCAAAGCUGGAAAUUCGAGAUGUUCUUCGGAGAAGCUAUGAUAGGCUUGAAGUUCCGGAGAAAAGAGUGUUUUUGGAUAUUGCUUGUUUUCUUCCAAGAAUUCUGAAUUCUCUAGUGAUUAAUUAUUUUUCCACUAGAUACGUAGAGGAUUUAAUUGAUAAGUCCUUGCUUACAUGUGCAUUCGACAAAGAGGACAAGAGGAUUGAGGUUCAUGAGCUGCUAAGAGAAAUGGCUUGGGACAUAGUUAGCGAGGAAGAACAUCGCAGUAGAUUCAAUAAAUUUGAUGAUGUUCACAAGUUAUUGGCAGUUGAAAAGGUGAAAACAUCGAGAAGAUUUAGUUAUUUGAACAUUUUGAAACCUAAAGAGAAGCAUAGGAGUGCCUUUGAGAAAGGUAGUGCCACUGAAGGCAUUCUAUUGAACCUUUCUAAAGACACAGAUGUACAUAUGGAAGCCAAUGCUUUUGAAGGGAUGACUUCUCUUAGAUAUCUCGAGUUCUCCUAUCUAGAAAAUAAGUAUGGAGCUUCUAAAGUUCAUCUACCACACGGUGGCCUUAUCACGCUUCCUAAUAGUUUGAGAUGGUUGGAGUGGCAGAAAUUCCCUUCAAAGUCUCUACCAUCAAGAUUUUCUCCAGAAAACCUUGUUACACUUUGUCUAAGUGGUAGCCUAAUACUGAAAAGAUGCUGGGAAGCUGAGCAACAACUUGUGAAUCUAGUGUGGCUUGACCUCUCUGGCUGCAUAAAUUUAGUAGCAAUCCCGAACCUGUCCGGGUCUCCGAAACUGGAGCGCCUCCUUCUCGAGGGAUGCAAAAGACUGAUUGAGCUAUCAUCUCACGUUCAAGAUCUGCACAAGCUGGUAGUACUGGACCUUGAUGAUUGUACAAAUAUGAGAAUCUUUCCAGCCAAACUCAACUCAAAGUUUCUCAAGAAGGUUUAUUUGUCCAACUGUCCCAAGGUCACUCUUUGUCCUGAAAUUAAUUCACAAGAGUUGAUGUGGUUGGAUUUAAGGGAUACACCUAUCAUAGCCUUGCCAACUGCAAUUUACAAUGUGAAACAGGAUGGUUGGUUACUUCUCUGCGGCAAACACAUCACCUGCUUCCCUGCAAUUUCAGCGAGCUUGAAACGGUUUCGGUUGUGCCAUACCUUAAUAGCAGAGAUGGAUUGUUAUGAUGAUCAUCAGCUGAGUUCUUUGCCGAGAUUUUUUCUAUUGGAGUUGGUUGGCAACCCCAAACUCAAGAGCUUGUCAAGGCAUAUCUGGAACAUGUUCUCUGGAACUUUUCAUCUUGAGGAUUGCCCGUCGAUUCAAAGUCUGCCAGAGAUCUCACAGCCUGUGACUGGCUUAACUCAGAUUUAUAUAAAAGGAUGUCGGAACCUGAAGAGCUUUCCAACUAGCAUCAACAAUCUGAAAUCUUUGCAGAUCCUUCGUUUCUUCGAAACAGAUAUUGAGUCCCUGCCUCCGGCUAUUGUGGAACUUGACCAGCUCUCUGAAUUGUUUUUACAUUCGAACAAACGCUUGGAGUUUGUCCCGAGCAACAUCCAUAAGCUUGUCAGGUUAUCCUACUUGUCCUUGGCAGGCUGUUCGAGGAUUAAAUUUUUGCCAGAACUCCCGCCCAAUCUUCUAACUUUGGCUGUAAGUGGUUGCACAUCGUUACAAGCCUUACCAAUCAACAUACACCGGCUGGGAUGGAAGAGACUGUACUUUGAAGAUUGCCCGCAAUUGGACACGCAUCUUCCUCAAGAACUAGUGCUGAAUUUCUGUAAUCAUGCAUCAUCAAAUCUACAUUCUCAGGGUGUUCUUCAACAUUCGGGGAGUAAAAUUCCUGGGUGGGUUGCUCACAAAAGCAUGAAUUACGCAAGUGAUUCAUGUACCAUGGUGCAACUGACUCUUCCAAACUGCACCACCAAAAAGCUAAUCAAGGGGAUUGCAUUCGGCGUUGUGUGUUCUUCAGAUGUUGGUCGUGUCGGGAUAUCUAUCACUUGUGAUUGCAGCAUCGGCACCAGCACUGUCGCUGCUGCAUCUUGGAGUUCUCCCAGUUUUGGUCUGGGUCGGGCUUCCCAAUCAGAUAACGUAUACAUAUGGUAUGACAAGAACCUGCUAGGUGAGACCAAAAAGGGAAUACGAGAUGAAGCAGAAGCUUGGUAUGAGAGAUAUGCUGGCCUCACUGUUUCCUUCAUAUUUUCCCUUCAACCAGACGAGGAAGAAGAUGUCGACAAAGUCAAGAGCAUCAAAGUCAAAAGCAUUGGCGUCUCUCUACUGAACUAACUGCUAGCUCGCAGGUUGAUGGUCUUAUGGGGGAACGAGGAAGAUAUUACAGACAAUUGGUUGUUGUUUGAUGUAACAAAUUAGAAUUGGCAAUUGGCAGUCAGAGACGGGCCCAAGUUAUGGAUCCCAUAUAGCCUCUUGUACAUUCCGUGUCCUCCCAGCCUAAUAUAUCAUGCGGAUUGGGCCUAAGUUAUCGAGCCCAUCUAACCUCUUACGCAUUCCGUGUCCUAGCAGGAUUCGGAUUCGGAUUCUUUUUCUGUUGUUGCCAUAAUUAAUUUAUCAGGACUUGUUUUUAUCAUGAUUAAAACAAAUAAUUUUUUUUUAUGUGUCUUGUGUAAAUGUACGUGAGAAUAUUCAUGAAUAACUAGCACUAAUGUGAAUUAAUGUAAUUAAAGUCA